GCCCACUUCACAAACUGUCAACUUCCGAAAUUAAAGCUUCUCUAGCACCCUGCCACUCCAUCUCGCUUGCGCAUAAAUAGUCGCGCGCGCAGACGCCAUCAGCACCAAGAACGACACGUCUCAACCCUCUCAUCCCCGGCCGGACGCGCCAUGGCCGCCGCCGCCGCCGUGCUCCUCGUCGUCCUACUGCCAAUCCUGGUGGCCGCCGCACCUGCCGCGUCGGCGGCGUCGUCCGGCGAGAAGAGCACGCACAUCAAGCUGUACUGGCACGACGUGGUGAGCGGGCCGAGCCCCACGGCGGUGCCGGUGGCGCGUGCGGCGGUGACCAACACCUCCAAGACGGCCUUCGGCGCCGUGGUGGUGAUCGACGACCCGCUCACCGAGGGGCCCGACCUCAAGUCCUCCAAGCCCCUCGGCCGCGCGCAGGGCACCUACAUCGGCGCCGGCAAGGACGAGGUGUCGCUCAUGAUGAACAUGAACUUCGUGUUCCAGGCCGGGAAGUACAACGGCAGCACCGUCGCCAUCAUGGGUCGGAACGCCGUGUUCAACGCCGUCCGGGAGAUGGCCGUCGUCGGCGGCACCGGCGUGUUCAGGAUGGCGCGCGGGUACGCGCAGGCACGGACGCACACCCUCGACCUCAAGACCGGCGACGCCACCGUCGAGUACAACCUCUACAUCAAGCACUGAUCGAGUGCAUGCCUGGUCUCCAUGUAUGGAAUAAUGGAGAAGGAUCGUCGUCAAGGAUAUAGUUUUUUCUAGCGUUUUCCAUUUGAUCAGUGUUUGUGUUGUUCUUGUUGAAACCUUAAGAUUAUGCGAGAGGUCAAGGUCUCGGUAGGAUGGAGAUUAGUGUUGUUGUAACCAUAACCACACGGCACCAUUGACAUCGGAAUGAAUAAGGAAUGAACUGGAAUGAACCAUGACUCCA